UAGCUGUAUCCCCUCUAGCCAGAAUCGCAUAGCAUCGCGAGCUAGUUCAUCGGUUAGUUUACAUACCAGAAAUAAACGACAAUGGGUGACCUUCGUGCGAUUAACGCAAAUUGUAUCGUUUUAAAUGAAAUGACGCGUAUUUUCGUUUAUGUCAUAUGAGGAUGAAGUGAGAGAGUAAACAAAAAACCAUCGCGAGAGAACAGAUUUCACAUUAUGGACAACAAGACGAGCACAAAAGAGGACAUCCCUAAAGACCGGGGUUUGCUUGUAGGGAUUAUAUUCUUCAUCCUUGGGUUGGGAACGCUGUUGCCAUGGAACUUCUUCAUGACGGCCUCUAUGUAUUUCAAUAACAGAUUGAACACAUCUGAAUGGAUUAAUGGAACGAUAUCAGCCAGGAAGGAAUAUUACUUCAAUAACUGGAUGACUUUUCUAUCCCAGCUGCCUUUGCUUCUGUUCACUUUGCUCAACUCAAUCCUGUAUCAGCGAAUCUCAGAGAAGAUAAGGAUGGCAGGCAGCUUAAUCUUCAUCCUCAUCCUCUUCAUCAUCACUGCUGCACUGGUGAAGGUUCAUAUGGAGGAGGACCGGUUCUUCUCCAUCACUAUGGCAACCAUAUGGUUUAUCAACUCGUUUGGAGCCGUUCUGCAGGGAAGUUCGUUUGGUCUGGUGGGUUUGUUACCGCAGAAGUACAGCGCUGUGUUUAUGAGCGGACAAGGACUCGCUGGAACAUUUGCUGCUCUUGCAAUGAUUUUCGCCAUAGCAAGUGAAGCUGACAGUGAAUCAGCAGCUCUUGGUUAUUUCAUCACUCCAUGUGUUGGGACUCUCAUCACUCUCUUCAGUUACAUGUUGUUACCCAAACUGGAGUUUGCUCAGUAUUACCUGAACGGGUGUAAAAGAAAGAAUCACCAACCUGAGACGUCCAGAGAGUUGCUGUCUACAGAUGUUGCAGAGGUCUCUUUGAGGACGAAUGAUCCUUGUAAUGGCUCUGUACCUAACAAAGACACAAACUGUGUAGAUGAAGAAGAGGAGACUGGCACACAGGCUUUCAUUGAGCUACAGACAUCUGAAGAGUCGACACAGAAGAGCUCUGUCCUGCAGGUCCUUAAAAAGAUUUGGGUCAUGGCGUUUUGUGUUACGUUCGUCUUUACAGUAACGCUUUCAGUUUUCCCUGCAGUUACUGUGGACGUAAAGUCGGUUUAUGGAGGAAAUUGGGAAAAAUAUUUUACCCCUAUUUGGUGUUUUCUUGCCUUUAAUGCAAUGGAUUUCACAGGCAGAACUGUCACAACAUGGAUUCGGUGGCCUGGUAAAGACGGCUUGCGGUUCCCGGCUCUGGUGGUUUCUCGGUUAAUCUUCGUGCCUUUGCUGAUGUUGUGUAACGUACAGGACCGACACAACCUGCCUGUAUUCUUCUCAAAUGAUGUGAUAUUUAUCAUUAUAAUGCUGCUGUUCUCUGUGUCCAGUGGAUAUUGUGUCUGUCUGUCCAUGACCUUCGCACCACAACUGGUGGAACCUAAAGACGCUGAGACUGCCGGCGCAUUGAUGACGUUUUUUCUGGCUUUGGGUUUAACGUUAGGAGCGGCUUUUUCAUUCCCUCUGCGUUUACUGGUCUGACAGAAAACACAAUCACAUCUUCAACAAACCGGUCGUCGUGAUGUCUGUAGUGAUGCUCAUAUGCAUCUGUUAUGCUGUUCAUUAAGGAGGCAUUAGUUGCGUUUUCAUUACACAUAUUAUGCCCAUUUUUACAAGAUGUUAUAUGAGUCUCAGGAGUGCCUAGAAUGUGUCUGUAAAGUUUCAGCUCAAAAUACCCCACAGAUUAUUUAUUAUAGCAUGUCCAAAAACCAUUGUUUAAAAAUAGAUUUGAUUUCUAUGAAUGCAGUUUGAGAUAAUAGUAUCUUUAGCACUACAACAUGCUAACCAAAAUUUAGAAAAGCUUUUAGGUCAGUCAGUGGCCGUGGCUUUAUCAAUGUGAUGUCACAUUAACAAGAGAAUCAUUUGGUUUAAUGGCGGAUAAAAAAGAAGAGGGUGGAUUUUUUUCAUUGUAGGGUUGUUGGGCAACUUUACACACAUAACACCUUGUAAAAGUGGACUUUCCAUAAUAUGUGUUUUUUCAAAUUGUAAUCAAUUUCACAA